UCCGGUUCCUCUGGGCGCUCAGGGAGCUGACGGAGAGGGCCGCCGCCCAACAGUAGACGCUGUCCCCGCCGGCCCAGCCGCCGUCUCCGCGGUGUGUGAGUGAGCCCGGGCCUGGUCCCCUCUCCCUCCGCCGCCAUGGGCUGCACUUUGAGCGCCGAAGACAAGGCGGCGGUGGAGCGAAGCAAGAUGAUCGACCGCAACUUGCGGGAGGACGGGGAGAAAGCGGCCAAAGAAGUGAAGCUGCUGCUACUCGGUGCUGGAGAAUCUGGUAAAAGCACCAUUGUGAAACAGAUGAAAAUCAUUCAUGAGGAUGGCUAUUCAGAGGAAGAAUGUAAACAAUAUAAAGUAGUUGUCUACAGCAAUACUAUACAGUCCAUCAUUGCAAUCAUAAGAGCCAUGGGACGGCUAAAGAUUGACUUUGGGGAAGCUGCCAGAGCAGACGAUGCACGGCAAUUAUUUGUUUUAGCUGGCAGUGCGGAAGAAGGAGUCAUGACUCCAGAAUUAGCAGGAGUGAUUAAACGGUUAUGGCGAGACGGUGGGGUGCAGGCUUGCUUCAGCAGAUCCAGGGAAUAUCAGCUCAAUGAUUCUGCUUCAUAUUACCUAAAUGAUUUGGAUAGAAUAUCCCAAACCAACUACAUUCCAACUCAGCAAGAUGUUUUGCGGACAAGAGUGAAGACCACAGGCAUUGUGGAAACACAUUUCACUUUCAAAGACCUGUACUUCAAGAUGUUUGAUGUAGGUGGCCAAAGAUCAGAACGAAAAAAGUGGAUUCACUGUUUUGAGGGAGUGACAGCAAUUAUCUUCUGCGUGGCCCUCAGUGAUUAUGACCUCGUUCUGGCUGAGGAUGAGGAGAUGAACCGAAUGCAUGAAAGCAUGAAACUGUUUGACAGCAUUUGUAACAACAAAUGGUUUACAGACACUUCGAUCAUUCUGUUCCUCAACAAGAAAGAUCUUUUUGAGGAAAAAAUAAAGAGGAGUCCAUUAACUAUCUGUUAUCCAGAAUACACAGGUUCCAAUACAUAUGAAGAAGCAGCUGCUUACAUUCAGUGCCAGUUUGAAGAUCUGAACAGAAGAAAAGAUACCAAGGAGAUCUAUACCCACUUCACCUGUGCCACGGACACCAAGAAUGUGCAGUUUGUUUUUGAUGCUGUUACAGAUGUCAUCAUUAAAAACAACUUAAAGGAAUGUGGACUUUAUUGAAGAGUGUGGAUGUUAAAUAAAAGUUAUUACAGUGUGGAGUGUUGAGACCAGACUUCUUUUGCUGUCUCAUUGGGCAGCUGCAAGCAUGAACGGGACCAGGGAAUGGCAGCGGCAUGCAGAAUCUUAGUACUCUUUAGCACAAUCUUCUGUAUUAGGGAACUCUUAAUUGACAUGAGAUGCUAAAGUCAGACAUUGGAAUUGGAACAACUGUAAAGUAUGAUUUGAUCAUCAAGACAUCACUUGGAUUUCACAAUCUCAAAUGUUUAGGGCAGAUGUGAAGUUGAGGUGCUGCAUUCCAGAACUUCAAUAUGUAGCUUACUCUUUUUUUUUUCCUUCUUGACAAACCACCAGUAGUUCAUUUUUUAAGUUGUUUUUUGUUGUUGUUGUUUUUUUUUAUCAAGGGAAGAAUAACGUCACUAAAUUUUAUUUCUUUGUGAAAGAAUCUUUAUUAAAACACAAACAGUCUUAACUAUGCACAUGAUGUGACCAGAUCAUCUUGAAAAUUUUCCUCUUAGUAGGAACUCUUUGUUUUUAACUCUUGGUAUGGUCAGAAUAUAAUAUUUCCAUAAUUACUUAAUUCUUUACAAUUAUUGGGGCUCUAAUUAUAGCUUUUUUGGAUGAAAUUUAUGUUACUAUCCUGUUCAAAAUACCAUUAUGGUUUCUAAAUGGUAAUUACAUUGAAGAAUUCUGUAGUAAGAUUCCAGCUCUUCUUUUAAGCUCGUGGUUGAAGGUUAACCUGGUUUAUGCUGAUCACCAAAUUACUAGAUAAAUGCUGAUGUAGUAUGAUGAAGUCAGCCUCUUGGAUACAGACGCACCCAGGGCAGCUGCCAUGUAGAAAUGCAAAUUGCUAAAUUCGAAACAGAACCAGUGACUUUGCUGCUACACAUCUGCUAAAUUGACCACUUUAAUUCUUACUUGUCCGUCUCAGUCAUAGGGAGUUCUGUAAAAGAUGCCCCUUGUUUUCCAUCUUCCAUUGGCUUUUUCUGUUGGGAAACAUCUAAAGUGUAUUAACAGUGCAUGCCUUUACUUUGUAAACGUGGUGCCAAAUCCCUGUUUGCCAUUGUUUUUAUUGUAGCAAUGUUCAUUGUAGUAAUCCUUAGUCAGUACCUUCUUUUGCUGAAACUAUUGAUUUGGGGACUUUUUUUCCACUUUGUUGUGUGUACAGAUUUUAAUCUGUUAUAGUUGGCAGCAGUAUUAAAAUGGUGAGUAAAGAGUCCAGGUUUGUUCCUGUUUGUAACUAGU